UUGAGUGUUUAUUGUUGUUGAAAGUUGCUCACUAAAGUGGUUUUUUAACUUUUAUAUUAUAUAGUAACUAUAUGUUUAGCUAAAUGUAUAAAUAAAUAUAAUAAUAUAAGACAUGACUUCAGAAAAGACUUAUUUUCAAGAGGAUUGGUUACAACAAGAUAUUUAUAAAGAUUGGUUAGUUCCCAACGCACAUGCAAAAACUAAAGCUCAUUACAAAAAAUGUAAAAAAUCAUUUGAAUUGUCCAAUAUGGGUAUUCAGGCUGUUAAAAGUCAUGCAGCAGGUAAGAAGCAUCAGUCUGCUACAAAGCCUGCUAGUUGUUUCUUUAUUAACGGAAAAGAGUUGCAUGCUGAACCACUUGGAAGUGAUGAAAAAAUAUCCACAUUUUUCACCAAAAAACAAGCAACUAUUGUCUCUUUAAUUAAAUCAUCGUUAUCAACUAAUGCUGAGAUCAUAUGGGCCCUGAAAUCUACAAUGAGCUGCUACUCUAAUAACUCAUGUGCAAACUUUUAAAAAGAUGUUUCCUGAUAGCAAGGUAGCAGAAGAUUUCACUAUGAGCACCUCAAAAGUAUCAUACAUUGUUAACCAUGGACUAGCCCCAUACUUCAAGACACUUUUAAAAGAAGAAAUCACAAAGUCUGAUUGUUACAUUGUAUCUUUUGAUGAGAGUUUAAACGACAUAACCCAAACUUGUCAGAUGGAUCUACUAGUUCGGUAUUGGGAUGGCAAUAAUAAAGUUAAAGUGAGAUAUUGGACAUCAGCAUUUCUUGGUCAUUCUGCAGCUUCUGACCUUCUUACACAUUUCAACGAAAACUUAUCAAGAUUUGAUUCAAGUAAAAUGUAUCAAGUUUCCAUGGAUGGGCCCUCUACAAAUCAGAAAUUUCUAGAUGAUCUUAAUAAACACAGAAAGGACAACGAGAUGCCACAACUUAUAAAUAUUGGAAGUUGCUCUUUGCAUGUAAUCCAUGGUGCUUUCAAAACAGCUAUCGAAUCAACAACAUGGAAUAUUAAAGAAACUUUAAAAGGGUGUUGGCAAAUUCUUCAUGAUAGCCUAGCUAGACGUCAAAAUUAUGAAACAGUCACAGGUGCAACAAAAUACCCUCUCUUUUUUUGUGGAACAAGAUGGGUUGAAAGUAAAUCUGUUACAGAUUGUUGCAUUGAAAUCUGGCCUAAUAUAUGUAAGUUGAUUGAGUUUGGGGAAAAGUUACCAUCUUCGAAACAACCUAAAUCAAAAAGCUUUUUAAAUGUAAAAAAGGCUGUUAAAAACAAACUUAUUAUUUUAAAAUUUGAAGUUUUCAGCUUUGUUGCAAGCAUAUUAGAGCCAUAUUUGUUGGCAUACCAAACUGACAAACCAAUGAUUCCAUUCAUGUAUCGUGACUUAGAAAGACUGUUACGAACCAUACUGAGCUUGUUUGUGAAACAAGAUGUUAUUGAUAAUAGUUGUAUUUCAGUCCAACUAAAAGAAGUUGAUUUUCAUAAAAAAGCUAAUCUACUUAAAGGAAAUCAAAUCAAACUAGGGUUCGCAGCUGAAACAAGCCUGGCUGUUUUACAAAAGAAAGAUAUAAUAACCAUUGCUGAUAUUCAAAGUUUUCACAAAGAUUGCACUAACAUGUAUGUUCGAUUGAUUGAAAAGUUCAUGGACGGAACUCCACUAGGAUCUAUCAUUGUACGCAACUCUCAGGUUCUUAACCCAAAUGCAAUGGUAGUAAUGACUCAAGAAGAUGCCGAGAAGAAGUAUAAAUCUUUAUUGACCCACUUGAUUAGCUUGAAAUAUGUUUCACCAAUCUUUUCUGAUAAAGCUAUAAAUCAAUUUGCAGAUUUCUUUUGAGAAUCAAGGGUUUAUCAAGACAUCUUUCAUGAACUCAAUCAAGAAAGAGAUAGCUUAGAC